AUGCCUCCUCCGAUUCUCCCCACUUCGAAAUUAACAAUUUCCACCUCCCCUCUCGCCCAAUCCUCGUUUCAAGCUUUCGGCACCGCGAUAUCCAGCCCAUUACCAGCAACCCUCACCCGCGCGCCUUCUGCCUCCUCCCUUCCCUCUCUGGCCAACGCUAAUUCCAAUUCAUUCGAUUUCUCUCCUCCCAUCCUCGCCAACCAAUCCACUGCGUUGAAAUACAGCCCCAUCUCCGUAUUCCAGAAUAGCUACAACCAAUGCAAAUGCCCUGAAACCCAAGGAAGCGGGAAGGACGCGGAUCCACGCAUGAGCAUGUUCUCAUGUUUCCCGCGGGCAUUGAGGAGGCGGGGGGGCCAGGGGCGGAAGUUUGCUAGUGGAUGCUUCGACGUUAAGAUUCUGGAGCGACACCCGUAUACUACGCAGACUUUUAUUCCGCUUGGUGUGCCACCUGCUGUGAAUAGAAAACGGCGAAAUAAUGGGAAUAAAUCGUUGUCUACGGGAGCUCGUGAUGGCAACAACGAUGGCGAUGAUGAAAAUCCUAGCGCAAGUUACUUAGUGAUCGUGGCGCCGUCGUUGCAUGGCCAGACGGCACAGGCUACGGUUGUCAAUGCUCAGGGUUGCAAGGAGCAGGUUCUCAUUCGCGAUCCGCCGGAUAUACGGAAUAUGAAAGCGUUCAUUGCGCAUGGUGGCCAAGCGGUGACUUUAUGA